AGAUAAUGAAUAGUACCACAAAUAGGAGAAAAUGGUCUCCUCAGACACCUGCUGAGCCGAGGCACAUGAAAUACCAGGCUUAUACUUCUCCAGAACAAAAACAAAUGCAGGAGGACUCGUAUCUUUUCAAGAUGAUCGAAGAGGCUUGUAGGAAUAGCAAAUAUCUUGACUACACAAUAUUUGAUGAGCUAUACUCAGACACUUCUCCAAAAGCAUUUUACCUUAAGAAUUACCUAAAGUCUAUUGAAAGACUAGCCACCCACUGGAAGUUGGUGAGAGAAGAGGAUUAUAAGUACCGAGCUAAGAACUACGACAACAUCGAUGAAUUUAUCAAUGAAAUUCCCAGAGUCAUUAACGGGAGAUAUUUUUCGAUAUAAAAACUUUCUUGCUUUCCCUUAGAAGACUCCAAUUGAGCCUUGAUUUUGGUAAUCCCAAAUAUAAGAAGACCGAAUCAUAUAAGACAUGUAAGCUAUUUUACAAGGAAUGUGCCAAAUUGCAUCUUGAGUUCCAUCGACUGUUGGAUUUCUUCCACCUCCUCGCUAAAUAUCUCAAUAAAAUCAGACAGGCCAAAAAGAGGCAGUACGAGGAUGUUGAAGGCCUUAAAAUAAAAGAACUUUCGGAAAAGAAGGCUGCCUGGAUGACUAAUCUUUUCGCCAAUGACCCUCAGCAUAAGUCUAGCCAGGAAAAGCAGAGAUCAAAGGAUACCAAACUCUUGAAGUUUUAUGAGGAGAGCCAACAGAAAAUAAGAAAUUUUAUUAAGAAUCUCAACUUAAUUCCUGUCGAAAAGACAUAUAUAAGUGUGAUUGUCAAACUAAACCAGCAAUUCCUUCAAGAACAAUCAGAAAUUUUGGAGACUAAAAUUGGAGACCAGAGAAAGAUUAUUGAGAACCAGUUCUUCGAUGAAGACGGCAACUUCUUUAACUCGAUGAUGAAAUCGUUUGCAUCAGGCAUAUCUUCCAUAAAGGGAAGCCCUAUAGAUGCUGAUAAAUGAAUUGGACUACCAAAUAAUAAGCCAAGUCCCUAUUUAGACCUGGUAGUUAGGACACCUGCCGAUAAGAAGAAAUUAUACGGAAACUUUAAACAGACCUCAAGCUCUCUAUUAAGAAAAGCACAGGCUAUGAAUAAACCAAUCCAUUCAAACAGGAAGCUGUUCAGUGAUAAUGAGAAAGACGUUAAAAUGAAAGGUGUCCCACAAGCAGUAGUUUCUCUCAACGAUAAAGAGAAUAAUUGCGACAAUACACCUAAGAAUAAAGCAGUAGUAAGCCCUAUACCAAGCGUUAAAGGGACAUGGGGGAAGUUCAACUCUCCAAGUGCUUCUGGGCUAGCUACGAAGGUAGGGUCACCCAGCACAGCAUAUUAUAAAUCCCCAUUUGUGGUCAACUCAAAUCACCCAAAUGCUAAGACUUCUUCACAAGUAACCACUCCAAUGAACGGGCUUAAGGGAAGUCUAGUAGCAACCUCAACCUGAGGAUCAACGAUCCAGAACAUAAAAAGUCGGAAUUAUAAUUUGGAAGAGCUAGGAGGGACAAAUCAAGGAGAGUCUAACCAAAAAGGAACUUUCAAAUCAAUUUGACUUAAGAGUAAUGCCCAAUCCCCCACAGCUUCUGGAUACAAGGCCUAG